CUCUCUUCCUCCACGAAGGAACAUCACAGCGCGGCGUACGCAACAUCUCCCUUAGCCUAUACUUAACUUUAAGUGGAAAACUGCGGGCGCGUCGUCGAGCCAGUCGCCGCCGAGUCGUUCAACAAACGGGGAAAAACAAACGACAUCACGUUGCGCCGGUUUUCACGGCGCGCUGGGAGUGAAUUUAUUUUCGGUCCUAUUUAUUGUGGCGGUGAACUAUCAGUGGAAUACAAUUAAAAUUGACCGUGGAGAGAUGGCGAGCGAUCUGGCGGGUUUCGAGGUUGAAGAAAAUUGACUCCAUCUGGAAGAGAGUGACACCAGCUCGUUGCCUUAUCUACUAAAGAAGGAGAAGAAUGACGAAAAUAAUCAAAUUCCAACUAAAAGAACAAAAUAAGCGUUUAGUGCUGCUGAACGGAAGAGUGCGAAAUAAGUGUAAAAGUUUUAUUGCUCUGAAUGAAAGAAGAUAAUUGCGGAGCUGAAGUGGAUUAUUAAUGCUGCACACCACCAUUGAUCACGACCAAAGAUGGAUAAAUUUAAUCGAAAACGAAUAAGAGAGAUCAUCAUAAUGCUGGGAAUAUUUUUCUCAGUCAUCGAUGCCGUUAAAGUAUCUUUUUACGGCGCUAGUCAUAUAGCAAUGCCUCUACAGGAAGCCAAAAUAUCUACAAACAUUCGGUUGCGAUUCCGAACUCGACAAGAUAGUGCCCUGAUUCUGCUGACGGCUGGACGAACCGACUACUCGCUUCUAAGCAUCGAUGGAGGACGGGUACGAUUCAGCUUCAAGAUUGAUGACUACCACACUGAUCUAUGGUCACCGGCAACGCUAAAGUUUAACGAUCUGCAGUGGCAUGAUAUUUCUAUAUCCAGAUAUGCUGCGAACUUGACCAUGCAAAUAGAUGAAUACUUUGCCACGAAGACUUUGCCGGAUAAUGUGACUGAGCUGAACGUGCACUUUGGAGUUUUUAUCGGUGGAGUCGGAGCGUAUUCUGCUACCUACUUGGGGACUACGGAAAACUUCCGAGGAUGUAUUGCUGAUAUCUUCUACAACAACAUCAAUAUCUUCAAACGGGCCAGAGAGCGGACCGGUCACGUAACGAACGAGCGGGUCUCGUGGAUCUGUGCACCGGAGUUAGACGCAGAUGUUGCUACUCCGAUUAGCUUCCUGGACGACGAGAGCUAUGUGAUACUACAGAAACCGACUUCGCGUUCCGGCGAUCGCUGGAGCAUGGAAUUCCGAACGAACGAACCCUACGGAAUGCUACUGAGCAACAUUCCAACGAGUGCGAGAUACGACUUCAUGGCACUUGAAAUUGUAGAGAGCCAGGUGCGGUUGCUUGUGGGAAAAGGCUCGAAUGCGGUGGAGUUAAUUCCCGACCGUAAUGUGUCCGACGGAAAGUGGCACAACAUUUCCGUGACGUAUAGCCCGAUGCUGGUGGAUAUAACAGUCGAUGAAGUGACAAGUAGCGCUACAUUUGCCAAUGGAAGCAGUCAAAUUAUCGAAUUGGAAGAGGAAUUCUACAUCGGAGGGUUUGACCACCGCAAGAAACGUAAAGCGUUUCUGAAGGGUGCUCGUGCUACAGAAUCAAGCUUGAAGGGGUGUAUUCGGGACAUUGUGCUAGAUGAUCACACAGUUGGAUUCCCGAAUUUCAAAGUUACUCAUGGAGUUACUGUUGAUUGUGUUUGGCGAUACCCUUGCAUAGAGAAGCAACCUUGCAUUCCUUCCGGACAAUGCCACCAUCAGGGAAUUAAUGACUUCAUCUGUAAUUGUGACCAAGCAUUCUGUAUUAAAGCAGACUAUUCGGAGAGCUACAAAAUUUUUUCACGAUCCGAUUUGCUCAUCGAGAAGGAAUUGAUGUUGAUAAGCCCAAUGGAGGUCUUAGAAGGUGGAAUUGCAUUUCUCUCUCCAAAGCAUAUUGAAGUGCUCUUUGACUACACAAAACUUGGUGUACAGGAAGCGGGUGUUAUUUUCCACAUAGUUCAACCUCCAAAACACGGCAAGAUCACCAUACACUCGUACGGCGCAGAAGGUAACUCUUCCGCCACUCAGAUGAAGUUCUUUUCCCAUAUCGACCUCACUACAGAUAAGGUGAAGUACACUCAUAACGGUGCAGAAAACUCUAACGACCACAUGACAAUUGACAUGCAUCUAGUGCCGUCAACGAGGAAUUCCCUUCCCAACUACCUCGAAGGAAAGCAUCGCUUCGUAUUGCACGUGAACGUAACGCCAGUUAACGAUCCUCCAGUACUGAAGCUUCCUCCGACUAAACUCCUUCGUGUUACUCAAGGCAUACCUAAACUGAUUGGACCAGAUUUCUUGCAAGCUGAAGAUUUAGAUAGCCCUCCAGACUCACUCAUUUACACAGUGUUGAUGAAUCCAGGCACGGAAACUCAACAGGGACGCAUAGAGUUGGGCGGAAGAGCGGUAGCAACCUUCUCUCAAUCGGAUGUUAACGCUGGACUAGUUACUUAUCUGAUUAACACAAAAGGAUCGGAUGACUACCUGGAGUUGAACAUUCAAGUGUCCGAUGGCAUGGAAACUAGUCCAGCAAGUACAGUCCGAGUUUCCGUACUUCCACUGCAACUUCGAAUGAUGAACAAUACAGGCCUGGUGCUCAUUCAUAAGUCUUCGGCGUUGAUCACGCCAUAUAAUUUGUCAUUUGUACCGAAUUCAGACGAGGAAAACGUGGAUAUGAAGUUUGAUAUCGUCCAAGCACCCGCUUACGGUAGUAUUCAAAAACUACGAUCGGUUGACUCUUCAUGGAUAUCGGUUGACUCUUUUAGCAGCAAUCAGCUUCUUCUAGGACAGAUUCGGUACUUGCACUCGUCGGAUCUUCCUCUGCAUGACGAAUUUAAGUUCACGGUAACCCUUGGACCAAUUACUACCCCUACGUAUGACUUCCGGAUAUCAUUCACUAAGCUUCGAAUUGGAACUAUUCGUCAGAACAAUAUGUACAUCAACACUAAGGAUAACGUCAUUCGCCCGGACUAUCUGUACCACCAAACGACACCCAUUUCCACAUUUGCCCGGAACAUCAUCUACACCGUUGUUAAACCUCCAAAGUUCGGUAUCAUCUACGUCGAUGGUCAUCCCGAAUAUGCCAAACCGGGUGACUCCUUCACACAGCAAGAAAUCGAAAAGAAUCUCAUCAAAUACCGUACCUACCAUUCGUCGUACGGAAACUUCAUCGACACGUUCGAGUUCAUAGUUUCCGUUCCGGAGUGUGAAGAUGUUCAGGGCAAGAUGGACUUUAUUUACAAUCCACCGGACUACUUGGCGAAACAGAUCAUCUACCAGAAACGGGAGAAAGUUUACGUUCACGAAGGGAAUAAAACCGCUUUAUCGCGGACAAAUUUUGAAGUACUGUUCAACAAGUUUAAUUCGUUGACUUUUAAUUUGACGCACUUCCCUAAGCAUGGUAGUCUCUGCAAGGUGAAUCCUCGGACGUUUGAAGCAAAGGAAAUUUCUUCGUUUACACUGCAGUACUUGUACUUGGGUGACAUACACUACUGCCAUGAUGAUUCGGAAUCUACGGAGGACAGUUUUAGGCUGCUGAUACUAUCGGAUAACGAAACAGAUUUUCAGUUUGUGUGUGAGAUCCAGGUGGAGAUUACACUGCUGAACGAUAAUGGACCAUAUCGUGUGUUUGACAAGGUGUUCCACAUAGUUAGAGACCAAACUAAACUGUUAACUUCAGGGGAUUUGAAGUAUGCUGAUCCGGAUAUCGAGACCAGGAAUUUGGAUUUGGAGUAUCGAUCGGUGUCCUGCUCAAAUGGAGAUUUGCUGAAGAAUGGGAAGUACGUGGAUUUUUUCACACAAGAAGAUCUGGACAGCCGGAGAUUGUUGAUCCAGCAUAACGGCACUGAUCAAGGUCGGUUGUCGUUCAUAGUGACGGAUGGGCUGUAUGAAGUUCCAGGAUCGUUAGAAAUAGAAGCUUCCGACCCGUUUCUUAAGAUUCGAGAGAGUAACGCUUCUAUUGUUCAGGAAGGUCGAGCGGUUUUGUUGACGUUGAGUGAUCUGAAUGUGGAUACCAACUUGAAUGCUAAGCCGGAAGAGAUCGAAUACAGAGUGUUGAAUGAACCCAGCAAUGGGCUAUUAAAGUUAUUCAGCUCCAAGUUCAAUGCGACGCAGUUACACAAGUUGAGUAAUGCUACAACUUCGAUGAAUUUCACCCAAGCGGAUUUAAUUGGCGAGCGACUUGUGUAUUGGAAUAGAGAUGUGGCUUCCAUGGAUAAGAUCAAGUACCGAGUUAGUACAAAGGGUGUUUGGGCAGAAGGUGAGAUCAUGGUUCGCAUUUACCCUCCUGCUUACUGGGAGCCACUAAGGAUUCGACGCAAUCAGACGUUGUUCGUAGAGGAGUCGACAAGUGUGAUUAUUUCCAGGGACAUUUUGGAAAUCGUCCAUCCCAACAUCUCUCCAGGUGACAUUACGUACCUGGUCACGACGCAACCUCAGCAUGGUUACCUGGAAAUUCAGUCGAUAACCUCAGAUGACGAGUACAACUCGAAAGUGUUUGAUCAAUCCACGAUCAACUCAGAGAAAAUGUUCUACAUCCAAGCAGGAGUGAAUCAGUCGUCCGACUUUUUCACCUUCGAUGUCACGAAUGGUAUCACUUGGUUGCGGGACCUAAUCAUGCGAAUAGUAAUUAUUCCAGAACAUCUGUAUAUGCGCACGAAUGUGGUUGUCGUUGAAGAAGGGAAAAGCGUAAAGAUACAUCCCACCGACAUGGUGCCUUACUCCGAAUAUUACACGGGAAAAAUAUUGGAAUACAAAAUCCUGGAACAUCCUUUGCAUGGUAGCAUUAAGUCUGGGAAAUCUUCCAAAGUCAAUAGAUUCACACAGAAACAGUUGGAGGCCGAAGUGAUCACCUAUGUGCACAACGGUAGUGAAAAUUCCACAGAUACUAUCCGACUGGUGGCCUUAGGAAGAAACAAAGAAAGCGUGCCAUUCAAUCUUCAAAUUCAGAUUCUGCCGAUUAACGACGAGAUACCACAGGUGGUAACCAAUACCGGAAUGCAUAUGUGGAUAGGAGGGAAGAGCAUGAUCCAGAGCACGGAUUUACUGGUUCAAGACUAUGACACCCCUCCAGAGAACCUAACGUUCUACAUCCAGCAAAUGACUGGUGGUUACGUGGCUUUUAAGGACUCAUAUAGCAAGAAACUGCAUACCUUCACGCAGCAGGACAUCAACCACAAUUUGGUGUAUUUCAUCCACGACAGUAGUAACCAGAAUGGAAAGAUUGUAUUCUUCGUUAGCGAUGGUCUGCACAAUACAACAGACCAAGUGUUGCACAUAGUUACGAAUCCUGUUGCUCUGGAGCUUAUCAAAAACGAAAUCCUGCACGUUUUUCCUUUAACGAGGAAGCAAAUACUUCCCGAGCAAUUGUAUUACAAAUGUUCCGAUGAUGAUCGGGAUGUUAAAUAUAUCGUAACUAUACCACCGCAAAUGGGGAAACUUAUAUAUGAACAUGCAGAGUACGGUUACAUGAACGAAAUCACAGAAUUCACGCAACACGAUGUGGAGAACGGACGAAUCUUUUACGAACAUACACACCACAUGGUGGAGUUGAAAACCAACGAUUCGUUCUACUUCGAUGUCACCGCUCCGCUUUCGAAUAGCCUAGUAGAUCAAAUCUUCAAUAUCGAUGUGUCUGUUUCGUCUGGGGGAUUGUUGAGAUUUCUUCCAGUGCCUCGGAUAAAUUUAGAUGAAGGCGACUCCGGACCUAUCAAGCUGGACCUCUCCAAAGUAUUGGAGUACCUGGAAACCCGAGCUGGAAUCCAAAACCCAGAGUUGUUCAUCGAUGUUCAUCCUCCGGCUCAUGGAACCGUCGAGCUCGACGACUCUCUUACCCAGGUUAAUCGUUUCUCGUUGAACGAUUUCUACGAAAACAAGGUUUACUACAAACAUGAUCACUCAGACACUGUGGAGGACAAAAUCGCCUUGGCUGUUUACUUAGUGCCAGGAAAUUUGUUUUUGUGUAACAUAACUAUUCCAGUCACAAUCAAUCCCGUCAAUGAUCAGCCAUUCCAGCUAUCGACGGCUUCACCGCACAUUUCUGUGAUCGAGGGUGAAAACCAAACCAUAACUGCAUCGCAGCUACUUACGGAAGACGCAGACACGGAUCCUAAAGAUAUUGUUUAUGACGUGAUCAGUGGACCCAAUUUGGGAGUUCUUUUGAAAAUAUCCGAUGAAGGUUACCCUCAGGACAUAAUCACAUAUGGGAAUCAGUUUACUCAGGCGGAUAUCAAUGAAAAUAGGAUAAUUUACACGCAUUCGGGUAAUCCUCAAUCAACGACGUUCUACUUUAAAGUGUCUGAUGGAAAGUUCAAACCAGCUUACGAAAUCUUCAACAUUAAAGUUCUGCCGAUAACGAUCUUACCUGGGUACAAUAACCAACCGAUUAUGGUCCAACAAGGGACGAACUUAGGGGUAUUGGAAACGAAACAUGUCUCUGUUGAGACUAACGUCCAAAAAAAUAGAAUUGUCUACAAUGUAACUAAAAACCCAAUGGGAGGGAUCAUCAUCUCGAACAACAAACCAGUACUGAAGUUCACCCAGCGUCAGUUAGACGAUGGAAAGAUCAACUACAUGCAGACAGACAUGACACGAUCAAAUGACAGCUUCCAGCUAGAUGCUUUCAUUCCAGAUACCACAUCGGCUUGUCUGAUUGAUGUCACCAUGAUCGUUCAACCGUUCAUCAUCAUCAACCCAAUCACGAUCACUCCAGGUGAACGAAUUCGGCUUAGUUCAACUUUCAUUUUUGAUAACCCAGCUCAAUUGAAGCUGAACAGGUAUAACCCUAAGAUCACGAUCACUCGCAGACCUAAGUAUGGUCGCCUGAGAAAAAUCGUCCGAAGUUCUGGACUUGAUUACAUUGAGCAGCCAAGCGACAAAGACAUUAUCACGUUUACGUAUAAGGAGCUCAAAAGUGGAGUAAUCUACUAUGUAGCAAGGAAGUUCAACCAAGACUUCCAAUCGAUAAACGAUAACUUCGAGUACAUGCUAUCUACUAAGACCGCUCAGCCCGGUCAGGGUACCGUCCCCAUAGAAAUCUAUUCUCCGUCCCGCGGAUCCCACGGCAGUAAUGAUGUCGACAUUGUCACAGCUGAUAGCAGCCUUCCGUUGGAAUAUCUCAUUGCUGCUUGUGCAGCAGCUGCAAUAAUCGUCAUCCUCCUCAUGACCAUCAUCCUUCUUAAAUGUCGAGCCAACAAUUCCCACAAAGAUCACCCAGAUAAAGAUCACCCUCCAUCCCUUCCUCGACCUCCGGACUUCAUGACCCUCAACAACCGGAUGUACACGCCUUCCGAAAAUGAAUCCCUUCCGGUAACCUCAGCUUCCACCCCGCUUCCCAUCAUCAGUAGCAUUCCCCACUGCAAGGUCAUCCCCAUCGGUUUGGACAACUCCCUCCAGCUCGAUUCCGAACCUGAAGAGGAUAUGAUGGACAUGCACGGUGAUCUGAUGCAGAACCCCAAUAAUCUUAACUAUCCCUACGGAGACGAAGGCGACGAGUGGAGCUCAUCCUGCGAGGUAGGUCCUGACGUGAACUACUCAACAAUCGCCCAAUCGCACCAUCAACAGCAAGCGCAACAACAGCAACAGCUGCUUCCGUCACAGGCAACGCUACAGCACCAAUCGCAAGCGAAUCCGUUGUUGCGAAGAAAUCAGUAUUGGGUUUGAGACGGCGGGAAUUCACUCCACUUCUAGGUACUUAAUAAACUACAAACUUUAGUACAGUGUCGUGUGAUGUAGUACUUUCACGGUGCUCUCCAGACCUAAAUUAUCACAAAACAUCUCCUUAAAUUCUAUACACAAUAAUUGACUUGUACACCAAAAUUGUAAUGUGUCUUAGCCAUCAAAACAGUGUACCUUAAGCGCGCAAAACAUGCUAUACUUUUA